CCGCAAAUCGCAGCCCAAGCGCUGAGGGCGUGAAAGUGUCCGGACUGGGGAGUGAGUCCACAAGCAGCAGCCUGCUGGGAGGUGUCAGAGCCUGAAAGGUCAAGGGAUUGGACCUCAGGCUGCUCGUCUUGGGCGUCUGUCUGUAACUGCCUGUCUUCCCUACUCGUGCUGGGGUAAUUUGCUGCCACCUUUGUCUCUUGUUCAAGAGACAUUUUAAAGAAGGGAUGACACACGUCUUCUGAGGGAAGGGGAAGAGUUCUUCUCAGCAUGUUUUCAGAAGACAUUUAUAUUAACACGAACUUCAAAAAUAAAUUUGACUCCUCAGACAUCAGCACAGACUCAUCAGUUCCUGAGAAGAAGAACACAUAUCAGAAAAUUUGUCAUAAAUUCUCCAAAGUCCUCCUGACCUCACUCAUAGUAUAUUUCCUGCUGCUGACAAUUUUAUUCUCUGGUUCUCUGAUCACUCUGCUUAAAAAAUAUGCUCAGCUUCUUGAAGAAAAAACAGUUAUGAAAGAACUGUAUUAUACUGAAUUGGAGUGUACAAAAUGGCAUCCACUCUCGGAAGACAAAGUCUGGAGCUGUUGCCCAAAGGACUGGAAGCCAUUUGGUUCCCACUGCUAUUUCCCUUCGAUUGACUCGGUGGCAUCUUGGAAUGAGAGUGAGGAGAACUGCUCCAGCAUGGGUGCUCAUCUGCUGGUGAUCCACAGCCAGGAAGAGCAGGAUUUCAUCACCAGGAUCCUGGACACUGGUGCUGGUUAUUUUAUAGGGCUGCAGGAUCCAGGCCAUGGACAGUGGCGAUGGGUUGAUGGGACACCAUACAAUGAGAGUGCCACAUUCUGGCAUGAAGGUGAGCCCAACAAUCCGAAGGAGCAAUGUGUUACAAUAAAUUAUCGGAAACCUGUAUGGGGCUGGAAUGACAUCCCUUGCAGUGAUAAACAGCAGUCAGUUUGUCAGGCGAAGAAAGUGUACUUAUGAGUCAAGCAUCCUCCGUGGACAUGCAACUGCACUGUUACCCAGCAUCACAAAGACACCUGGGAAUUUCUUCAUGUGGAAGACACGUUCAUAGAGUUUGAAGUAGGGACAUAUGAUAAUACUGGUAUAUAUAUAUAUACCUCCUUUUCAUUCAUCCUUCUUUUAUAUAAUGAGAAUUUUUUCAUGUACCAGAGGUUGCACAGGAGAGACUUUGUGCAUAUGUGGAAGCACACAAGCCUCUCUGUCCAUUCCCAGAUUCCCAAAGUCUUAUUUGCUGAUAGUGCCCUCCUCCUCCUCUCUCUCUCUUUCUCUCUCUGUCUUUGCCUUUAUUGAUGUGUAAUUGACAAAUAAAUCAUGCAUUCUUAUUUUA